ACUUUCAUAAAAAAAAAAUAUAAAAUCCAUGGAGCAGACCACCCAACUGUGGGCGACCUACCGAAGCUCGUCUUGGCCGGCGCGGCUCGUAAAGGGAGGCAUGGGAUCUGGUCGUGCGUCGCCGCGGGUGAGGCGGUGGACGGCGAUGCUAGUUCUGGUCCUGACGUCGUUUUGGAGGCCGAUUCCCUUGGCGCUCGGGGAAGCGGCGGAUGGGGAAGGAGGCGACCUUGGCGCCUCCGCCGGAGGUGCGUGGGGAGGUCGGUUGCUGCUCAGCUUCCAAGAAGUAAAGGGGAACGCCUCCUUCCGAUGCUCUCCUGCCGGGCCUUGUCUCCCUUGUCAGUAUUCCGAGAAGAAUGAUGAUAAAUAUCGAUGCAGUGAAACUGGCUUUCGGGUGCCAUUAAAAUGCAUACAAGCAAAUGAUAGUACUGACGAGGCAAAAAAGAUCAAAGCCCGAAGAAAGCUCCUCUCCCUUGAAAACCAAGCAUAUCUUGCGCAAAAACAGCUGUUCACUACAUUAACAAACUAUAAAUGGAGAAAAUUAUUGGUUGCUUCAUCAAAAUCAGAGAACAAAGAAGAAACUUAUAUUACAUAUAGGAGCUGUGAGCCAGUUGAUCGGGAGGAGAAGAUAUCUUUCCUUGGAUUUGAGGUGAUCAUGGCGGGCUUGCUACUUAUAAGUGGAUCGGUUGUUUGCUUACGGCAAAAGCGUACUGCAGUAAUGCCAGGAGUCGUUGCACCAGUGAGGAUCCCCUCAAACUCUCCUAGGCUUUCAUAUUGAGGACAGCUAGGAUGUCUGGAUUGUGGAAUCUCCCUCCUACAUAUAUGCUGGGAUGCUAUAUAACUCAGGUUUAGACAUUUUGGAAAGCGAAUCAGCUCACCAACACACUAUCAGGUAAAACAAUUUCCACUGUGUGUGUGUGCGUCUCAAAGAUGUUUUUGGAAUAGUAACAGCUUUUUGUGUGUGUGUGUGUGUGUGUGUGUGUGUGUGUGUGUGAAGGAUGUCUCAUGGAUGAUUAUCCUCUGGUUUCUGCAUAUUUGCUAAGCUAUUGCAACUUUGGGUUUCUGUUGUGGUUCUCGUUGAGCCUAGUUGCAGUGGGAAAUGAGUGCCCAUAAAUUGUUGUGUAUGAUGACCAUGACUGCUUUAAUAAAGUCGCUGUGUUUUUGUUUUU